UACAUUCUUGGAUGGCUCGAUCGCGGUGUCUGGACAGUAGUUCAUCAGUUCGUGUGAUCUCUCUCUCUGAUUUAACAGCAAAAUCUUCGCUCGAUCGAUCGAUCUGGGAGUGUGACUCAGUGAGAGCAGAUACUUGCUCGCUGAAUCAUUUCACAUGCAAUUAGAACAACUCUACACAAAAGAAGAAAGAGCGAAAACCCUAAAAAAAAAAGUAACAGAAUGCGAAUUUAGAAAUUAAUUGGUAAAGUCGUGAUUACAAUGGCGAAGCAUUCAGUAGCAUUGGCGAAGAAAAGAUGGCCGUUAAUGUUACUAGCUUUCAUAUCAAUUUCAACAGUGAUGAUUCUUUUCAUGAGACCUAACAAUUCCGAUUCAUGCAACACAACAAAGACCUUCGAAGCACAACAGAGUCAGAUUCAUCCCUCCUCCGUCGGAAAUGCACCAGCUGGUCCAAGCCCCUUGGAUUUCAUGAAAUCGAAGCUUGUUCUCAUGGUUUCGCAUGAACUAUCUCUUUCUGGUGGACCUUUACUUUUGAUGGAAUUGGCGUUUUUGUUGAGAGGUGUUGGUUCUGAUGUUGUUUGGAUUACAAAUCAGUAUCCUGCUGAACAUGAUCAGGUUAUUUAUAGUUUAGAGAGUAAAAUGCUGGACAGAGGAGUUCAGGUCCUGCCUGCAAAAGGUGAAAAGGCUGUAGAUACAGCUCUUAAAGCUGAUCUGGUCAUUCUAAAUACUGCUGUAGCUGGAAAGUGGCUAGAUGCCGUCUUAAAGGAAAAAGUUACCCUCGUUCUUCCGAAGGUUUUAUGGUGGAUUCAUGAAAUGCGAGGGCAUUAUUUCAAAGAGGCAUAUGUCAAGCACCUCCCCUUUGUUGCAGGUGCUAUGAUUGAUUCACAUACAACUGCAGAGUACUGGAAGAAUAGGACCAAGGAGAGUUUAGGAAUUAAAAUGCCUGAAACUUAUGUUGUACAUCUUGGAAAUAGCAAGGAACUUAUGGAAGUUGCAGAAGAUAGUGUAGCAAAGAGGGUUCUUCGUGAGCAUGUUAGGGAAUCUCUUGGAGUAAGAAAUGAUGAUCUACUUUUUGCCAUCAUAAAUAGUGUUUCACGUGGUAAAGGGCAAGAUCUAUUCCUUUAUGCCUUUCAUAAAAGUUUGCAGCUCAUUCAGGAGAAGAAACUCAAGUUGCCAUCUUUGCAUGCUAUAGUUGUAGGGAGUGAUAUGAAUGCUCACACAAAAGUUGAAAUGGAACUGCGCAAAUUUGUUACAGAGAAAAAGAUUCAGGACCGUGUUCAUUUUGUUAACAAAACCCUGGCAGUGGCUCCUUACCUAGCUUCUAUUGAUGUUCUUGUUCAGAAUUCUCAGGGACGGGGAGAAUGUUUUGGAAGGAUAACCAUAGAAGCAAUGGCAUUUCGCCUGCCUGUACUGGGCACUGCAGCUGGAGGCACUGUGGAGAUCGUGGUUAAUGGGACAACCGGUUUGCUGCAUCCUGAAGGCAAGGAUGGUGUGACACCUCUUGCACAUAACAUUGUGAAAUUGGCAAGUCAUGUUGAGAAGAGGCUGACUAUGGGAAAGAAAGGGUAUGAGAAAGUGAAAGAGAGGUUUCUGGAGCGCCAUAUGUCACAUAGAAUUGCAGUGGUUCUCAAGGAAAUUUUACGGAAGGCAAGGCACAAUUAAAUUAACCAGCUUAGGAACUUCACCAUUAAAUUGUAAAUUGAUUCCAAAGAAAAAGGAAGAGUGGUUCGGUUAGAAAUGAAUGAGUUGUAUAUCCCACUUCCUUUGUUCUGUAUGGAUGCGUAAUGGGUUGAUGUAUAGGACUGUGAUAUAUUACUUUCCUCGCUAAGAUCAAAAACAUGUCCGAAGGUACACUGCCUUUUUUAAAGAAAAACUUGAGCUACAGACUCUGAACCAGUGAAAAUGUACACUCCCUUUUUUUGAGAAGAAAA